UAGGGCGCAAGGGUGCAGGCGAGAGGAAGGUUGGAAGGGAGGGAUGAAAACAGGCACAGAGGCAAAGAGCGACAUACCCAGAGAAGGUGAAACAGUAGAAACCAAAGAUGACCGUGUGAAUCAAUAUGGAUCUAAAGAAGCUCAGUCUUUCUAUAAAAACAACAAGUGUAAACAACGGAGGAGAUGGCCUGUCUCAAGAAGACGCUGCGGAACAGUGGAGAGAUGGGGAAGAGCGGGAGAAGGAGGGGGAUUCGUUAAAUGGAGGGACCACAGCUGCAGAUACCGCGACCAACCAGCUGGGGGCAGUAGAAUCACACACAUUUAACACCUUGAACUAUCAGAGAAGAACCCAGCAGAAAGUUGUGACAGACUAUGCCACAAUGAGUAAGGGAUCGUCUCCAUGUGUAAAAUCGCGGACAGCACUGAAACAGGUUCUGUUUAACCAGGGAGCGCCAGAGAAGUGUUCAUCGCCUGAGGAACGGGAUCAGCUGGACGUGUUGAAGAAGCUCCUGCAAAUCUUCCCUGUGCCCUUGUCCCUUAGGUGGAGCUGGGGGGAAGGGGCCCAGGGAUCCACCCUAGAGAACAGCUGGACAGAAAUAGUGCGCUCUCACACGACGAUGUGUAAGACACAGAGACACCAGCAGGAGGCGCUGUGGGAGUUUGUCCACACUGAGCUCACCUACAUCAACAAGCUCACCAUCGUCACAGACUUGGUGGUGGCCGCCCUGAACAACCUGCACCAACAUGGCUUCCUCCAAGAGGUCACGUCUGAACUGCUCUUCUCCAACCUUCCAUCCAUCCUCGGUGCGCACAGACAGUUUUGGCAGGAAGUGAUGUAUCCCAUGUUGAGGGAAGUCCGACGGACAGGGAAGCCCUUUGACCCUUUGAGGUUAGAGUCAGGUUGCCUGCAGUUCCACGAGCGCUUCUUCUCGUAUCUACAAUACUGCUGGAAAGAGGAGAGCACUUUGGAGUUCACGCGAAGAGAACUGGACAGCAACCCUCACUUCAACGUCUUCUUACAUUGGGUUGAGACUCACCCCCAGUGUGAGCGUAUGCGACUGGGUGACAUGCAGGCCAAACCCCACCAGAGGAUCACCAAGUACCCCCUGCUGCUUAAAGCCAUAAUCAAAACCAACCAGGACCCCCUGAUGCAGCACAGUCUCCGAGCCAUGUUGACCGGUGUGAAUGGGUUUCUGGACAGCAUCAACGACUACAUGAGGCUGAAGGAUGAGGUGCUGGCCCUCUCCAUCUCAGCCCAGAGGCUGGAGGGAUACGAGGUGUUAGAAGGCAUGAACGAGGAAACGGACAAGCACGUCCGUGAGUUCUGCAGAUUCGAUUUGACCAGGCCGAUCAGAGGGGCGGGCCCCGGGGUCGUACGCAAGCUGCUAUUGGAGGAGACGCUGAAGAUCAAAGGAAGGAAAGACAGCAAACUGGAGGUGGUGGCCCUGCUCUUCUCUGACGUGCUGCUGGUGACCAAAGCCCAGAAGAAGGCUGAGCGUCUGAAGGUGGUGCGCCCUCCCCUGGCCCUGGACAGCGCUCGCUGUGCUGCGCUCAAAGACGGCUGUUCCUUUGUUCUGGUGGAAGUGAGUGAUCUAGGCUGUGCUGCCAAUGUCUACGCAUUUUCUGCCUCUAACUCAGACAGCUGUUCCAAAUGGGUUUCCGCCAUACAACAAGCACAGGAGACACUGAAGAAUCUACGAGUGACAGAGGUGAACAGGAGCCUGCAGGCCCAGAAAAAACCCCUACAGCUCGAAUUCACCUCUCCUGCAGAUGCCCCUCUGUCCAAUGGGGGCACAGUAGAACUCGUCCAUGACCAAUCAGAAUGUGCUCCUUCUCUGGAGGCGAAGCCUGUAGAGGAACCUCCUGUGAUUCCUUUUGCGAAUGGGACACUGUCAUCAAUGGUUAAACUCAAAACUCCAAAGCCAAAUACAAAAGGUGACACACAGGUCACUGGAUUGCUCGGCAGAGAACGAUUGAUAAGUGACACUCACAGCAAGUCGGUACAUGGCGACUUUGCUGGCUGGGCAAACAAAAUCAAACAAGGAGACAGGAAACUGGAAAAAGGGGUGUGGUCAGAGGCAGGGGUGAGAAAGAACAGGGGUGGUGACCAGUUAGAGGAGGGGUAUGACGUUGUGUUUCAGGGGGUAACGGAGCGGAGGGUGACCUGGAACCGUCACAAGCCAGCUAUGACCCCUGACCUCAGUGACACCUUCAUCUCAAGCCAGGACGCAGGAGGCACCGUUAAUACCAAGUCCAACAGGAGACAGUUUCUGUUUCCGGGUGAAUACCCAGACAUAGACUAUCCUCUGACCCGGCCCAGGUCCUGCGCUUUUCUCCACUCAUACAAAGAGAACCUACCGGAAGGUUCAGUGCCUCAGUUUAUGUCCCAGUUGAGCCAAGGUGAAAAAAACAAAUCAAGUGAAACUCAUCUGGAUUCUGAGUCUACAGAGAAUCAGGCCAAAAUGGAAUCCUGUAGCCAAUCAGAAGAGGAGGCGCUGACGGAAUAUAGGAGGUUUUCCCGCAAGUUGAAGUCACCACGGUUACGCAGAAGGAGGCCUGUCAACGGCCAGCAGAACGUCCUGCCUGAGUCGCCGCGAAGGGGAUCGGUGCCCGCGGUCUGGCCCUUAUCCCAAACAAACUCCUCCUCCAACUCGGACUCGGAGGUCAAGCAGCAGAUCCCGGCCAGCUGUGGUUCUUCCGGACGGGGUUCCACUGACUCCCGCCUUGUGCUCAAGCUGGGGUCUCUAAAACGGAACGGAGAGGACUUCUGGCACAUGCCUGCCGAGAAGGUCUCCCCAGACCCUCAAACCAUCUCCGACCCUGAGCUGACCCAUGAGAAGCCUGCUACAAAAUCCCAUAAAAUACCCAAGUUUAAGUCCCAGAGGAGCGUGUCGAACCCGGACCUUAUCCUUCCGAACGAGCAGCUCAGGCCCAGCCGUCUUCACAUCCCCCACUCGCCCCCUGGAGAUCCGGACCUGCCCCCACUGCCCUCCCCCCCUGGAGGACUUGCUGGAGCGAGCCAAGGGGAGGAACAGGGACCCGGACAGGGGAAAGAAAGACGUAAAGAGGCACGCAUCCACAAGUCGUCUGUCGAACCUGUCUUUCUCUCCCUCCUUCUCCACCACGACAUCGCUGUGCACCAGCGAAGGAGACAGAGAGAUGGAGUGGGAGGAGGUGGAGUUGGUCCGGCAUCGAGCCCCCACCAUCAGCCAGGGGUGGAGGGAAGAAACAGUGGACGGGGAUCAAGAGGAGAACAAGAGCUGUCCUGUCUUUCUUGAUGGCGCAAGUGUAGACUGGCCUGGCUGGUGCUUCGAUGACGAUGAUUUCCUGGAUUACUUGAGCCCUGACGGUGUGUAUAAGGAAGAUGAGGAUUUGUUGCAGACCAUCACACAGACUCUUACUCUACAAAACUCCCAGAGAACGUCCGAGCGUAGGAAAGGAGAGGUUAGCCAGGUCUAGAUGUUGAUCCAAGUUCAGUUAGGCAAACAGGCUACGGUGAUCAAGCUUAUACACCUACAACUUCAGCCAUUCAAACUUUUUUUUAUACCAUUUUAUUGUUAACAGUUUUUGUUAAAUUCCAAAGCAACAAGAUGGAAAUCCUGUAAGGUUGUUUGCAGUUGAGUGGCUGAAAUGCAGGCAUUUAGUUUGGUAGCAGCGGAUUAGGGUCACUGUUGAAGAUGUGCGUUAUUAAGCACCAGAAUCUUGGUGUGUUGGCCAUGGUUAGGUGCGCUCACUUUUGUUAAAUAGUGUACAUUUAUAUUUGAUAAAGGAUGGAUAAAUUGAAUAUAUUUUUUUCUAAAGAUUCAGAAUGUACAUGUUGCAAUAAAGAGAUUAAACCAA